CAUAGAAUGGAAGCAAUGGCCCCUGGUUUUGAUUCUCUCUCAAAGAAACCAACUGUAUUUUCCUUUAAACUAAAAAUAACCCUAGAAAAAUCACCUGGUCUACCUUCUUCCUAUUUAUACCCCAAUCUUCCUCCAUUUUGCACUUGCCCACCCUCACAUCACAAGAGAUGCCGAUUUUCACCUCGACAUCAUCUCCUUUCUCCGUUUGCCUCUCUAUUCUUGUAUUCUAAACACACAAAUACACAUAGCAUCAAACUAAGUAAACAGUACCAUACUUAGUGAAAACUGCGUAUUCAUACAUACACACAUACAUAUACUGUGUUUUUCUCUCUGUUUCCUUUUUUUGUUUCUUUCCUAUAAAAUCUUGCAUACCCAUAUACCCAUGUCUGUGUUUUUUUAAUCUUUGAUCUGAAAUUUUUGCUUUUGAGAAGAUACCCAGAUAGGAAUUUAUGCUGUUGUUUUGAGAGGUGGUGUUGUGGGGGUUGAAUGGGCAUUGAGACGAGUGUGGCAAAUAAGAAAGUAAACGAAGACGAGUGUGGCUAAUAAGAAAGUAAACGAAGUUCGUGAAUUGGCAACGGAUUAAGGUUCGACUCCGAAUUCGAAUUUGAAUCCAAAAACCAAUACGAAUAGCAAAGGAAAGAAGAGCCGGCGGCGCCGUCAUAAGAAGAUGGUGUCUGCAUCGCCGUUGCAGAAGCUUUAUAACACCUGCAAUGAAGUCUUCGACUCUUGUAGCGCUGGAAUUAUUCCUUCUCCCGAUAAUAUCCAAAAGCUAAAGGCAGUUUUGGAUGACUUCAAGCCUGCUGAUGUUGGUCUCAGUCCAGAAAUGCCACAUUUUCGAGCUUCUGUAGCUGGGGAAACUCCUGUGAUCAGAUACAUAUAUAUCCAUGAAUGUGAAAAAUUCUCUAUAGGGAUUUUCUGCUUGCCGCCUUCAAGUGCCAUUCCACUUCAUAAUCAUCCUGGAAUGACUGUAUUUAGCAAACUUCUCUUUGGGACUAUGCACAUAAAAUCAUAUGACUGGGUGGUUGAUGUCCCUCCCAGCACAUCUGCUGUGGUCAGUCCUUCAAAAUCAAAGCAGCCUGUUGUCCAGCAACCUGAAGCUCGUUUGGCCGAGGUCAAGGUCAACUCCAACUUCACUGCUCCGUGCAACACCUCUAUCCUUUACCCCACUGAUGGAGGCAACAUGCAUUGCUUUACAGCAGUGACAGCAUGUGCUGUCCUAGAUGUGCUUGGCCCUCCCUACGGAUCCGAUUCUGAUGGCCGGCAUUGCCAAUUCUACUUUGACUUUCCAUUUUCCAAUAUCUCAGUUGAUGGACUUUCCUUGCCUGAAGGAGGGAAGGAAGGCUUUGCGUGGCUUCAAGAAAGGAAGAAACCCGAGGACUUAAUUGUUGUAGGAGAACUGUACGGAGAUCCAACAACUGUGGAGACGUGAGCCUGCUGUCUACACCAUUCUUCCCUCCAUAUUGUCGUUGGCUGCCCACCUAUUUUCAGUAGCAGCAGAUUAGCAGAUCUUUUAUUUCUUUUUACUUUUAUGCGUAUGGUUUUUUUCCUCUUCUUUUCUUGUUGAACACCACACAAGGCGCCUGGUGCCUUUUCACUAUAGUUUCUGUACAUAAAAGGAAGAAAGGGGACAGUCUUGUAUGUGGCGCACUGGAAACAGGUUGUCAGCUCAAUGGCUUAACGAGGAAAUGUUCGAAGUGCACUUUUUGUGUCA